AUGGUUCUCGAACAAUUGGCUGUCCUCAAUGCUAAGCUCGAAGAUUCCACUCGGUCCUCUAGGACCGAACAUUCGACGCCAACACAAGAGGAGCUCGGUAUGUACGCACUAGAUGAGAGAAACGAAUGUGUGAACUAUGUGGCCAACAACCCCAACUCGAACGCGUACAAUCCGGGGUGGAAAAAUCAUCCCAAUCUCUCAUACAAGUCAAAUAGUGUUGAGAAUCCCGCGUCGAACAACUUCAGAUUUUUGCAGAGUCAAGAGAAGACGAAUCAGGAAUUUCGAGCUCAGUUUGCAAGCAUCGAGGCUCACUUCAAGAACAUAGACAACCAAAUUGCUCAGCUAGCAUCAGCCAUUCAAAGACCAUCUGGGUCUCUUCCAGGUAACUCUGAGACUAACCCUCGUGCGCAUGUCAAUGCUAUUACCUUGAAAAGUGGUAAGCAGGUAGAUUCUAGAGAUCCACCGAUGGUUGAGCAAGGCGAUAGCUCGAGAACCACAGUUUUAGAUACUGCUGAUGAUACACCUGAGCCAGCUUACGUGCCUCCUCCUCCUAGACCACCACCAGUACCGUUUCCAUCUCGCCUGAGGAAGCACAACGAAGACAGCCAAUUCGCGAAGUUCGUUGAGAUGCUGAAGAAACUCGAGAUUCCCUCGUACACGAAGUACCUCAAGGACAUUCUGACCAAGAAGAGGGUCACUGAGAAAGAAACUGUGGCGCUUACUGCCGAAUGCAGCGCUUUGAUCCGACACGAGCUCCCGCUUAAGCGGUCCGAUCCAGGAGCUGCCGUCAGUCUUCUUCCAUUAUCGAUCUUCAAGAAGCUGAAUGUGGGUGAGCUGAAACCCACUAGAAUGACUCUCCAACUUGCCGAUCGUUCUGUCAAAUACCCCAUUGGGAUACUUGAAGAUGUGCCAUUGAUAGUCGGUAACUUCUAUAUCCCGGUUGAAUUUGUGGUUCUCGACAUGGACGAAGAUCCUAAGGUUGAGUUCUAA